UUGACGAGCAGCGUUUGGCGAUCGCAUCAACGAGGUGAGGAUCGAGCGAGCGAGCGCCAGUUCCUGGAAGACUUCGCUGGGAUCUCAGGAAAGAAUGCUUCUGGAUCUUAGAUUCUAGAGAUUUCGCGAGAGAUUCUGGGAUUGGACAGAAUGCUGCGCGGCGGCAUAGGGAAUGCGGUGUUGGCACCGAUCUCCGAGGUGCUGGCUCGAUUGGUAGUCCAGGUAACGGACACGGCCAUGGCUGCCAAGGAUGUGUUGAUCGAGAGGGAGAGCUUUAGCGAGCUUGGGAGCUACCUGGAGAAGAUCUUGCCCGUGUUGCGAGAGCUCCACGAUAAGAAUGUGAGGGACACGCCGCCGAUGAGAGUCUCGCUGGAGAGCCUGGAGAGGGAGAUGAAGAAGGCACAGGAGUUGAUCAAGUUGUGUGGAUCCAAGAGCCGGAUCUACCUUCUUCUACACUGCCGGACGCUCGUCAAGCAAGUCCAGGACAUCACGCACGAGAUUGGGAGGUGUUUGAGCCUCAUUCCACUGGCGAGUAUGAACAUCUCGGUGGACAGCCGCGAGGUGACUUCCAAGCUCUUGGUGGACAUGCAAAGCGCCCAGUUUCGAGCUGCUGCCGCCGACGAAGAGCUCGUGGAGAAGAUCGAGCUGGGGAUCCGAGACCAACGAACAGACAGUGCUUUCGCGAAUGAUCUGCUGCUCCAGAUUGCCAGGUCCGUUGGAGUGCCUCAGAACACACUCGCUCUCGCUCAGGAGCUGGAGGAGUUUAAGAAGGAGAAGGAAGAGGCCGAGCUCCGGAAGAACCGAGCCGAGGCGUAUCAGCUUGAGCAGAUCAUUGGGCUCUUGAGCGCCGCCAACGUGAAGAAUGGUGGCAGUGGGGAGUUUCAUAGAGUGACUGGAAGUAACUGGCAGUACAUGCCUUUCUACUGCCAGCUGACGCGAGCUCUCAUGGAGGACCCGGUGGAGAUUGCUUCCGGCCAGACUUUCGAGAGGAGCGCCAUUGAGAAGUGGUUUCGGGAUGGGAACACUGUGUGCCCCGUGACUGGGGUCGAGCUCGACAGCUUCGAGUUGAAGCCGAACCACUCUUUGAGAUCUGCGAUCGAGGAGUCCAGAGACAGAAGCACGCGGUACAAUAUCGAGGCUUGCGGACGAAAGAUCAAGAGCCAGGAGGAUACUGAGGUACAAGCUGGACUAUGGGAACUACACAGGCUUAGCGAAGAGAGGCCUCGGAACCCCACGUGGAUUGCCGAAGCUGGACUUCUCCCGGUUAUAGUGAGCUUGCUCGAGUCCAGACAAAGAGCUACAAGGAUGAAAGCUCUGGCUGCGCUUUCUAGCCUUGCUGCUGGCAACGAGAACAAGGAAAGGAUAAUGGACGCAGGUGCAUUGCCCCUCACGGUGAGGUCGCUGUCGCGAGAUGGUGAAGAGCGAAAGGAAGCGGUCAAGCUCCUGUUGGAGCUAUCGAAGGUUCCCAGGAUUUGCGACCAGAUUGGGAAAGCUCAGGGAUGCAUUCUUCUGCUUGCGACGCUGAGGAACGAGAUCGAAAGCGCUGUUCAGGAUGCCACGGCUUUGCUGGAUGCUCUUUCGAACAACAGCCAGAACGUGGUACAAAUGGCCGAGGCAAACUACUUUAGACCCCUUGCUGUCCGGCUGGCUGAAGGCUCGGACAAGGACAAGAUUUUAAUGGCAAGUGCGAUCGCGAGGAUGGGCCUUACGGAUCAAGGCAAAGCGACACUAGCACAGGAUGGAGCUAUAGGUCCUCUGGUGAAAAUGAUUUCCCUGGGUAACUUGGAAGCCAAAUCUGCAGCGCUUGGUGCACUUCAAAACUUGUCAACGCUUCCGGACAAUAGGGACGAAAUGAUUGCUGCGGGCGUCGUCCCCUCCCUGCUCAGGCUCUUGUGCUCAGUCACGUCUUCCUUGGUCACGCUCAAAGAACAAGCUGCAGCAACUUUUGCCAAUCUGGCAUCGUCACCUGCGAAUACAUCCAAGAGCAACGAGGUGCUGGAAUCCGAAGAUACACUAGUGCAACUGCUUUCGCUACUCAAUCUCGCCGGGCCAGAGAUCCAGGGACAUCUUCUACGUGCACUCUACGGAAUUGCUACUUCUAGAGACGCCGCAGAGGCCAGAAACAUCCUAAGAGCGGCAGACGCCAUCCAGCUGCUUCUUCCAUUUUGCGAAAACAGCGAUUCUGGCGUCCGAGUCUACGCUCUCAAACUGCUCUUCUGCCUGUCGGGAGAUGGCUCUGGACGUGAGAUAUCCGAGUUCCUUGGCCCGACUAGCUUCAAGACUUUAGUCGACGUACUAUCGGCUACAUGGAGCUCGGACGAAGAAAAAGCUGCCGCCGUUGGGAUCCUUGGCAACCUCCCGUCAACCGACAACCAAGUGAUCGAGAGGCUGCUCCAAGCCGGAGCGCUUCCUCCAACGCUAAAUCUCCUGGACGGUGUGGUUCGGGGUACGAGAGCCAUGCCAAAGAGCGUCCAAGACUCGGUCGUGGAGAACUCGGUGGCGGUGCUACUACACUUUACAAGGCCAGCACGGGAGGACUUGCAACGCCUGGCUGCUGAUCACGGUGCCGUGUCACGCCUGGUCGACGUACUUUCGGCGGGGAGUCCACUGGCAAGAGCGAGAGCUGCGACAGGACUGGCACAGUUCUCGGAGAGUUCCCGGAGGCUUUCCACGCCCGUGGCGAGAAGCAGCGCCGGAUUGUUCUCGUGCUUCUUCCGGCCUCGAGAAACAGGAUGCGAGCUCCACCAAGGCCACUGCUCCGAGAGAGGCUCGUUUUGCAUGCUCGAGGCCAAAGCAGUGGCUCCGCUGAUCCAGUGCCUGGAGGCGAGCGAGGCCCAAGUCCAGGAAGCCGCACUCACUGCGCUAGCGACGCUGCUCCACGACGAGAUCUGGCAGAAGGGAGUGAAAGUCAUCGCGGAUGCUCGCGGGAUUCGCAGCCUGGUGAGAGUUAUCACGUUUGGAACGCCGGAGGCGAAAGAAAAGGCGCUGUGGAUGCUGGAGAAGGUGUUCCGUAUCGAAAGGUACCGGAACGAGUUUGGGAGCUCGGCUCAGAUGCCACUUAUUGAGCUGACCUCGCGAGGUAACAGCGUGACGAGGCCGAUGGCGGCAAGGAUUUUAGCUCAUCUCCAGGUACUCCACUCUCAGUCAUCGUAUUUCUAAUCCAUUUGUGUGGUAUACUAGUGAUUGUAAAUAGAUUUUUCUAAACGAGAGCAAUGGCUCUCUACAAUCCUGCGUCUUGUUCUUGCGCAAAAGUUUAUGUGGCCACAGUUCCUCUUCGUGUUCCUCCAGGUCCUCCAUCUUGGCUUAUCAACACAGUGGAAGCCAGUGGGAUUACAAAGCUUUGCCACUACAUGACCAUUGUCCAAUCCAAGCAGCAGUGCACAGUGUUUGAUUUCCAGCCAGAGAAUCCAGAGGACCCUCUCGUGGCACUGGCCUUGAUUUGUGGCCAGCAAGUCUCAGGAAUUGUGCAGCAAAGAAGGCUGCCAAGGCUUCCUUCCAGCAGAAUUGAGCUUGUUGGCAACAUGCUUCCUGGAUUGGAUCUUACUUCUGCUGUGGAGUUUAACAAUUCAUGGCCUACUGACCUGAUUCUCCACAGGCAUGAUUGUAGGCACCACACUGCAGGUCUCGUUGGUCAUCUUACUGGGAGAAUGGUUGUUCCUUUUUAAAAGCUGCAUUUUCAUAUAAACAGUAACUUAGCCAAA